AUGACUGUCACCCAGUCUCCACAAUGGCCUGCUAGCUGGGACGAAACUACGAAAGGUACCUUACAAGCCUUUCAACAGUUCUUGUCUAUUCCAGAUGCCAUCACUAUGCGAAACGUGUUGUCGAGUUUGCCUGCAGCUCCACUUCCAGACGAUGUUGUAAUCACUCAAGUAACUAUUCCUCGAAUUGCUACUAAAUUGGAGGCUAAGGUUGAUGGAGAUGUUGCUGCUGAAUGGCAAGAAUCCACCACCUUAACGGACGCCACCAAAUCAUCCGCUCCCGUAUGCAUCUACUUCCACGGGGGUGGAUAUAUCGUCGGAUCCAAAGAAGGAGGGCGCCCAAACACUACGAUCUUAGCCCAAAACGGAGUCCGUGUGCUAUCCAUCAAUUACCGUCUGGGUCCUGAAGUCUUGCAUCCUGCUGCCAUCACUGAUGCGUACUCGACGUACAAGUGGGUGUUGAGUCAGGGGGUUAAGGCUGAGAAGGUUGUUGUUUCUGGAGAUUCUGCAGGUGCCGGAUUGACGUAUGCAUUGGCAUUGUAUUUACGUGAUCAAAAGGAAGAAAUGCCUGCUGGAUUGGCACCUACUACGCCAUUUGUUGAAUUGAGUUUGAAUAGUCCAAGUGUCAACCUUGGAGACGAAUUCACAGCUUGCAUGCUCGUCCACACUGAGAACGCUUACACCCUCAAAGUCAUGAGGGACGGAUACAUAAAAGACACUGAUAUUGUCAAGACUGAUCCAUACAUUUCGCCAUUGUUGGCUACACCCGGUGGAUUGCCUCCACAGUACAUCACAACCGGAACAUGCGACCGUCUCCUCGCCGAAGACCUCGCCCUAACACUCACGCGCUUCAAAUCCGAAACAAUCAUCUUUGAACUAUACGAUGACAUGAUCCACGACUUCCAGCUCUUGACCUUCCUACCAUCUGCCCAAAAGGCACUCGUACGACAAGCGACCUUCAUGAAGGAUGUAACCACUGCUGGUAAAAAAUUAAGUGGCAGCUUGACUCAUUUUGGACCUGAUGGUGAAAAGAAGGGAGAUUUGAGCGAAGCGGAUUUGAAGAGCAGGUUGAAGGAUUUGGUAAAAAGGUGGAAGGCUGUUGAGCCAAAGGCAGAGGGGUUGGCGAUCUAUGAGAAGGCUUCUGCUUAA